AUGGCGGACGUAGACGGGAACUAUUGGGCGCCGAAGGAUAUCGUGUACACGUCCAUUGUGGGCUUGGUCAUGUUGGCGGCCAUUCUUGAAUGGUUUCUAUGGAUCGCGGCAUUUCUGUACUGUCUUUGGAAGGUUUUUAUCAAAGCCGAACAUUGGACCAUUCGACUUCUGGCCGUAAUUGUUGGCGUCUUGUUCACAUGCUUCAGAGCUAUUUUCCUCCCGAUCAUGAUCGUCACACUGCCCUUACCCAGUGCUAUCGUCAAGUAUUGGCCAAAAAAUAUGGUCGACGUCCUGCAGUGGUUUGCCUUUUGGAGCUUCGCUGGUCUGCUCACCAUUCCCUGGCUGUUCUGUGUUUACCAGCUGGUCACCAACCAGCUUGGCAGAACGAAAAGGAUCAAGCAGGUUCUCGACGAAGUUUCGGCUCCCAAAGUCGUCAUUGUUAUGCCAGUAUACAAGGAGGACCCCGAUGUUCUUGUCGUCGCCAUCAACUCGGUCGUCGACUGCGACUAUCCGCCAUCGUGCAUUCACGUUUUCUUGUCGUUUGACGGUGACCAGGAGGAUGAACUGUACUUGAAUACACUUGACAAGAUGGGGGUUCCCCUGACUCUCGAGACGUACCCCAAGAGCAUCGACGUCACCUACAAAUCCGCCCGCAUCACCAUCUCCCGUUUCCCGCAUGGUGGAAAGCGCCAUUGUCAGAAGGCUACCUUCAAACUAAUCGACAAGGUCUACGAGCACUACCUCAAGCGAAACGACAACCUCUUCAUUCUCUUCAUCGACUCUGAUUGCAUCCUUGAUCCUACGUGCUUGCAGAACUUCGUCUACGACAUGGAACUGAGUCCCGGCAACAGCAGGGACAUGCUGGCCAUGACCGGUGUGAUCACGUCUACGACUAAGAAGCAUAGCCUGAUCACUUUGCUACAAGACAUGGAGUAUAUUCACGGCCAGCUUUUCGAACGUACUGUCGAGUCGGGAUGCGGCGCUGUUACCUGCCUUCCCGGUGCGUUGACAAUGCUUCGAUUCUCUGCUUUUCGUCGCAUGGCCAAGUAUUAUUUUGCCGACAAAGCCGAGCAGUGCGAGGAUCUCUUCGAUUUUGCCAAGUGCCAUCUUGGGGAGGAUCGUUGGCUUACCCAUCUGUUCAUGAUCGGAGCCAAGAAGCGCUACCAAAUCCAAAUGUGCACAUCAGCUUUCUGCAAGACCGAGGCCGUGCAGACUUAUAAGUCACUCAUCAAGCAGCGACGACGUUGGUUCUUGGGUUUCCUCUCCAACGAAGUGUGCAUGCUUACCGAUUGGCGCCUUUGGAGGCGGUACCCCAUCCUGGUUCUCGUUCGAUUUAUGCAAAACACCAUUCGUACUACGGCUCUGCUGUUCUUCAUCAUGGUCCUCGCCAUCAUCACCACGUCCAAGAAAGUCGAAAACUUGCCGGUCGGGUUCAUCGCCAUCUCGCUCGGACUUAACUGGCUCAUGAUGUUGUACUUUGGUGCAAAGCUUAGGCGAUUCAAGAUCUGGCUCUACCCGGUCAUGUUCAUCCUUAACCCUUUCUUCAACUGGUUUUACAUGGUCUACGGUAUCUUCACUGCCGGACAAAGAACUUGGGGAGGGCCCAGAGCCGACGCCGCUACCGCCGAUACCUCUACUACCGCCCAGCAGGCCAUCGAGCAAGCCGAGGAGGCCGGAGACGAUCUCAACGUCGUGCCUGAAACCUUCAUCCCCGCCGCUGUGGCUAGAAAGGAGAGCAUUGCCGGCGGCAAGGGCAUGGUGGGACCCACGGGCCGCAAGCACAGUGUGGUCCAGCCGCCACCCAAUAUCGAAGGCCGCUUUGCCGCCAGAGAGAAGACGUCGAGUGGGUUUUACGUCAACGCCGACGACUCCCGGCUCGCUGUCAAUCGGCCCAACGGAUGGGGGUUGCAGUCACGCGAUUCGUUCGACAGUAUGGUGUCGGCGCAGACUGCUGGUAAUUCGGUCUACGUGCCUCGUCGUGUGGAGAGUAUCAUGGGAGACGAGGACAGGAAGAAGUACGAACUCGCUCAGCAGAGCCAGUUCAACCAAUUCUUGGCCAGCUCGAAGCGGUUUGGGUCUCAGACGACAACGACCGGCCGAGUGUAUGAGUAUUCUGAUGCCGAGAUGAAGCGAGCCGGAUUCGACCCAUUGGGCAGCGGCGAUCAUGAGUACACGGACAAUGUGAGGAUGGGCUAUGUUGAUAACAGCGCCGCUCGACUCCAGUCUGGAGGUCUAUCGUCGAGACAGGGAGCGCCAAGCACGACGACAACGACGACGCACUCAAUGUCAACAACUCAUUCAGCACGUGGCGGCCGUAGUCCACUUGCACGGUCUAGCCUUGCCCGUCCAUUCCCGCUGGAAGACGUCCCAUCUGAAGGUGAGAGUUCGAGCAGCGGUAAAAACACCCGCGACAACUCGCCCAAGGGCAGAUCAUAG